GUGGGAUUGGAUUGGCGUCUUUCUGCGAAGUUUUGCUGGCACUUUUCCCGCCAAAACGUUGCGGUUCAAAAGUUGUUUCUCUCAAAAUUUAAUCCGGAGUGUCCGCGCAGCAAUGUUCCUUGAAUCCCUCACCAUCUCCGGGUUCGCCCCAAUCGACGACCGCUCGUUCCGGUUCGAGCCAACGCUCAACUACUUCCCGGACCAGCCGGCUUGCGAGAUACUCGACUGGUUCCUGAAUGGCCGCACUGCCCACCAGCUGGAAGGCUACUCCGAAGCGGCCUACGUGGAGGUUCGCCUGCGCUCGGACUCGAACGACGUCGGCGAUUGCUUCGCGCAACUCCGCGGGGACAAAUCCCGGGCGGGCGCAAACAACCGAAUCUGCUUGCAUCGGGCCAUGGCGCGGCCGGAAAGGGUGCUGAUCGAUGGGAAGUCUUCGCUGCCGUACGACAAGUUUCGGUUCGAGAUGGAGCAACUUGGGCUGAUUGUCCGGACGGGAAGUUGGCCGACUUCGGUGAAUGUGGUUGGUCCGCAGGAGAUGGCCGAGCGGAUUGUGAACGGGACUAGUUUGAUGGUGCUGGUGCGGGAAUGUUUCAACGUGGACAUGCUUCGGAUGCAGGCGGGCCGGGAGCAGGACUUCAAAAUGGCAUUUCGCAAAAAGUUCGCCAGCGCAAUGUCUCACGACGUUGGGGAGAAAAUCGCUGAGUUCAAGGAUCGGAUCGAAUCCAGUCACGUGUUCCGAAAGUUGAAGGCCACGCUGGAUGCCAUGACUCGGGGGGUGGUCGAGUGGGAGCUGCAAACAGUCUGGAACGGCUCGCAGCUGUACGAAUCACAGCUUCGCAGUCUGGUCGAGGAGCGCGAGCUGCUGUCGGAGAAGGAGGACGUGCUUCGGAAGCAGAUCGAUCGGGAGCAAAGUGUGACCAACUCGGUUCUACAGCUGCUGUCGGAGGACGUUAGGUUGACCGUCGGAGAGGCGGAUUGUGCAGUGGCACUGACGGAGGCGCAGGAGAGGUCAAUCGAUUCCAAUGCUGCGUUGCAACAGAAGAUCGAGACCGCUUUGAAGACGUUGCAAGAUAAGGUUAACCGUGUUCUGGAAGGCAACGCUGAACGCUUCCGGACGUACGAGCAGCUGGUGCAGAACGAAUGUGAACUAGAACUCGCUGAGAACUGCCUGCACCUGCAGUACCUUCCCGCCAAAAAGAAAAACGAGGAGCUCAAGAAGGUCGCCGACAUGCUCCAGAAACAACUUGAAGCGGCCAAGCAGCUGGUUGAAAUGCAGAGAGAAUCGAUUGAAAAACUGAACGAGGCCGUCCAACAAUCGCGAAGCUACCUCACUAUUCCCGGCAACGACUCGCACGCGACAAGGAUUCGCGAAGGACGUUCAAUGAUCGAGCAACUCGCGAAAACCGCACAGAAAGAUCUAGAAGAGAAGAUGAAGGCUUUCUGGCUCAACAAGCAACUCCUGGAACACGAAACCACCGUCAACGACAGCGUUAACCUGUCCGAAUGUCUCUCCCUCGAAUCUAUUCAAGCCCUGGCCCAUCUUCGCCACGUGCUCGGCACCACAGACGACGAUCUUCUGAAGACCAACUUUGUCGGUUUCGCCUACAAGCAUCUCAAGUUCAGCGAUUCAACCGUGUCCAAGCUGAUCCUCCCACAACUCGAACAUGUCUACACGCUGACCAUCUUCAAAACCGUUGAAUCGAUACAGACACUGAUGAACCUGCUACCACACAAUCACUCGUACAAUCUGCUGGCCACGGAGACCUUCCGACCAGACGACAUCCCCACUCCCACCCUCCCAAACCUACAACCACUGGCAGACUACCUCGUCGACAGCCCACUCAAACCCAUCCUCUCCCGAGUCCUGCAACCCUACUUCUGCUGCACCAAAGCCCCGUACAGCGAGAUCGCCAGCAAGCUAGCACCCGGAACGACCGUAAUUUUCCCCGAAGAAGACAUCGUCAUCAACGCGGACGGACUGAUUGUGUACGGCCAUCCGCCCUGUGUGGAGUUCCUCGCGGACACGCUCAUCAACUGCGUGGAGCUGUCGAUUCAGGCCAACGCCAUACGGCGGCAGCUGCGCGACCUACGGAACGCUUCCGCCGAGAAGCGACGCGUUAUGGAGCAGAUGGUGGCGGACUUGGCUGCAAGAGAGCGAGAUGAGUUUGAAAGAUUUGAACCGCUCAAGAAUUCCCGUUUGACCUGGUCAGCGUUGCCCUCGUCGCUGGAACGGCUGUUCCGCGGGCAGCUGAAGCAGAUUGCGCGGCGAAGCCGCGUCGCGUCGUGGACGACCCUGUUGGAACGAAUUAACAAGAGGGAGUUUGAAGGCGUGGCGGACUGCCGUGAGGACGAAGCUCUCAGGGAGAGGUUUCAAGCGGAACUGAAGGCGUUCGAUCGUCAACUGGUUGAGUUGAAAGGCGACCUGCGGUCGCUACGCGAGCUGUUGGUUCAGUUUGAGGGAUUGCGGGAGGCGCGACUCGACCUGGAACUGCACAAACUGUUGGUGACCUACUGGCGCGAGUACAAGAACCAGUUGAACGAUGCGCUCGAGACGGUGGGCAACGAGCUGGAGGUCUGUGACCGUUACGCCGUGUCCGACGAGCUGGACCACCUGGAGCGGGAGUCGCUGCAGGUGCACCACCAGCUGCUGACCGUGAACGAUCGUCUGCAGGGGUUGGACCGACACUAUCGGGAGCUUCGAGUUGAAGCUAAGGAGAGAUUGCGGGGGAUGAAGCCGGGCAAGUCGAUUUUCAAGCAAGGGACGCUGCAGAAGCUGUACGAAUCGAAGCGGAAGUUGUACGCGCCGGACAUUCAGCCGCCGUACAGCGAAUCCGAGCUGCAGCGGUUCAAGCUGAAGCUGGAGUUGCUGCGCGAUCGGGAACGGCUGGCGAGCGAGUUCCGGACGAGCCACAUCACGAACCUGAUGAUGCCGUGCGUGGAGAAGCUGGGCGUUUGGAAGUUGCGGUUGGUGACGCAGCUGCUCGGUGCCGUUCCGGGCUUGUUGAAGCAGCCGGGAGGACGUUUGCGGCUGGAGUUUGAGUACGAUCGGCGUGAAUGUUUGCCGGUUGAGGAAGGAACGCCGGAUAUGAACGUGUUCAGCUUGAAAAACACGGUUGGCCUCGGGAUCAAGUUCGUCGGUGAGGACGAUCAAGGCCGCGGACGCCACCCCCUGCUGGACGAACCUGCCCUGCUGCAUCUGCUGUUUUUCGCAUGCUUUCUAUCGGUGCAGGGCUGCAAGCUGUUGAUCCUGGAGGACUGCUUUACGGACCUUCCCGACGAGGAAAAGCUCGAAUUCCUCAACCUGCUGGCGACGAUCGCGAAAAACACGCAGAUUUUCAUCGGCGAAACUUCGAAUGAGUAAGAACGCCACAACUUAAGGAGAAAGGAAUAUUUUGUAUUUCUUGCAUAUCAUAUAAGCUUAAAUCUAAUAAAAGAUACAGUUUGAUCA